AUGUUCGUACGAUCAUUGUCGUUCUAUGUUUUGGCUUUAGUCGUUUGUUCGACUAUUGUGUUUCAUUGUGAAGGUGCUCCGAUUAUCAAUUCGAUCAAUCUUCAACAAUAUUCAACAAUUCAACUCGGAUGGACUCGUGAUCAAAUAACAAAACUCAUUGGUGAUGAAGGAAAAACGAUUUCACAAAGUGGUUUGGGAAAUAUAUAUAUAACAACUGUUCAAUAUACUGGAACAUCAUUAUCAGUUGUGAUAUUUAUUUUUCAAGGUUCAAUUCUUUAUGGUAAAUCUCAAACUGGAUUGGAUAAUGGAAAUUAUCUGAUGAAUGAACAACAAUAUAAUUCAAUUCAAAUUGGAUGGACACGAGAUCAAGUGACAAAAUUAGUCAAUAGUUCAGGAGAUAAUGCUUCAGAAGCGGGAACAGGAAAUUUAACUGCUGUUAUUGUUAAAUAUAAAGGAGCUGGAACUAAGUAUGGCGUUAUCACUCUGGGAUUCUAUGCGGGAAAAAUUGUUUCGAAAGUUGAAAUUGGAUUUGCAUCAACUGUUAAUAAUAAAAUCAAUCUUCAACAAUAUUCAACAAUUCAAAUUGGAUGGACUCAACAACAAGUUGUACAACUGCUUGGUGGUUCAGGAACAAUUAUGUCUGAAUCAGGACUGGCAGGAACAGCUUAUCAAACUUCAACAAUCCAAUAUACGGGAUCACAAUCAGUUUUUUCAUUAGCAAUAUUUACUUUUCAAGGAGGAAAACUUUUGAGUAAAGCUCAAGUUGGAUUAGACACGGGAUUUUACACAAUGACUCAAUCACAAUUUAGUUCAAUUGAAAUUGGAUGGACCCGAGAUCAAGUGACAAAUUUUGUUGGAAGUCAAGGAAGUAUAACUUCAGAAGCUGGAAGUGGCACCACAAAGGCUAUUCUCGUUCGAUAUACUGCAGCUGGUUCAGUUUAUGGCAAUGCUGAUUUGACUUUUAUUGAUGGAAAAUUAUUUCAAAAAAUUGGAAUUGGUUAUUUUGUAAUUUCGAACACAAUCAACCUUCAACAAUACACAAGAAUUCAAAUUGGAUGGACUCAACAACAAGUUACACAACUUCUUGGUGAUUCUGGCACUCUUCUUUCACAAUCGGGAACACAAAAUUCACCAUAUCAAAUGACUAUGGUUCAAUAUAAAGGUUCACAAUCAUCGUUUUCAUUAGCAAUAUUUACUUUUCAAGGAGGAAAACUCUUUAGUAAAGCUCAAAGUGGAUUAGAUACGACAGAUUAUCAAAUAACUCCACAACAAUACAAUCAACUUCAAAUUGGAUGGACUCGAGAUCAAGUGACAAGUUUAGUUGGAAGUCAAGGCAAUGCGAUUUCAGAAGCGGGAACAGGAACUUUAAGUGCGACUAUUGUUCAGUACAAAGUGUAUGGAACUUUAUUUGGAACUGUUAGUAUUGGAUUCUUUGGAGGAAAACUUAACAGUAAAACUGGUGUUGGAUUCAAAUAA